GUCAUGUUGUGUUACAGAGGAUGGGCAGCAGCUAGCAGUAGGGGAUGACACUGAGAGAUGGACAGUGUCAGUCAGUGGGUGACGGGAGGAGGGAGUGAUCUAACAGUCACAGGGAGUCCCACAGUAGUAACCUCCGGAACAGUUACUGUUACCUCCAUCAACGUCCAGGAUACCUCGGAUAUUAGGCCAGAGUCCAAAUAUCCUGGAUAUCAGCAACCAACAUGCAACGGACUCGGGUCAAGCGCAGGAGUGAUCUCAGGCAAGUGCAGUGUAGUGGUGGGGGGCCCGGACACCACCCAAGAUGACGAAGGGUCUGCGUCUGAUGCCGAAGUCAGCAGUAUUGACUUCUCAGCAGGUGUCAACAUGCGCAACAAGAAGAAGAGAGAAGACGGAGACGGAGAGUGUGUGGAGAGGCCGAUGUCAUGGGAGGGAGAACUCUCGGACUCGGAGAUGCCUACCAUCAAAAGAGAAGAGGAGAGAGAAAUGGAGGGGGUCCAGGUGACGACCAACACUGUCAAACAGACCUCAGCAGACGACAACAAACCUCGCCCUCUCAAGUUCACCAACGAAGCCAUGGUACGUCACAUGUCUGUGCUACUGGAAAAGAUGGACAAAGUGAUGGAACAUGUGAGGUGUAACAACCAGACAGAGCUUCCUCUCCUUGUGGACAGGCUACUUAGUAGUAGCAGUGGCUACAGCCCCGUGUUGCCCCAAAGACACAGCGGGGGCCCCACCCCCAGUCCUGACUCUGCAGUGUACAGCUGUUACAGCCCCACCGCCAGCCCUGUCACCUCCCGACACACACUGCCCUCCCCCUCCCUCAGCCGCAACAACUCAGACGCCAGCCAGUACGGCGGCUCACAACAUUCCAGCUGCUACAGCCAAAGUUAUUCGUCUGUGUCAGUGUCACCAACCCAGUUCUCGCCCACACACUCACCCAUCCAGGGUCGCCACCUUCACAGGCCGAACACAGGGUUUCCGUCCCCCGUGCUCAACUCACGGACCACCCAGGAUUACGCUGUCCAAAGUGGUCUGGUUUAUGGUGUUAACAGGACCAGUCUAGCUACUGUGGAAGACAGUCCUCACGACAACACUAGUGUUGACGCCAACGAUGAGGAUGAUCGCAUGUCAGUGUUGGCGGCAGAGUUGGUACAACACUCGGGUGGUCUAGCCACUCCUCCGGGCAUCAGUAGGCAACAGCUCAUCAAUAGCCCGUGUCCCAUCUGCGGGGAUAAGAUCUCUGGAUUCCACUACGGGAUCUUCUCGUGCGAGAGCUGUAAAGGAUUUUUCAAGCGGACGGUGCAGAACCGCAAGAACUAUGUGUGUCUGCGGGGCUCCAGCUGUCCUGUCACCAUUGCAACGCGCAAGAAAUGUCCGGCGUGCCGCUUUGACAAGUGUCUGCACAUGGGCAUGAAGCUGGAAGCCAUCAGAGAGGAUAGGACGAGAGGAGGUCGCAGCACCUACCAGUGUUCCUAUACACUCCCCGCCAGCCUCAUGUCUCCGCCAGGCACACUGGACAGUCCCCGCCUAGACACCCCCGUAAAGCUAGAGGCAGGGGAGUCACCACACACACGACUUGUGCCUCCUCUGCUCCAGGAAAUCAUGGAAGUGGAGCACUUGUGGCAGUACAAUGAGCCAGGAGGUGAAGGUGGUGGGGGAGGUGGAGGUAGAGUGGGGGGAAGUCCUGCGAGUCACAGCGGGGGCAGCGGCGGAGACUUCCUAGCAAACCUCUGCAACAUUGCGGACCAUCGACUCUACAAGAUAGUCAAGUGGUGUAAAUCCUUGCCUCUCUUCAAAAAUAUCACGAUUGAUGACCAGAUCUCUCUGUUGAUCAAUGCGUGGUGUGAGUUGCUGCUGUUCUCGUGCUGCUUCCGCUCCAUGUCGUCGCCGGGGGAGAUCCGAGUGUCGCUGGGCAAGUGCAUCUCGCUCAGUCAGGCGCGCGAACUCGGCCUCGGCCCUGCCAUCGAGCGCAUGCUCAACUUCACCGAGCACUUGCGCAGACUGAGGGUCGACCGAUACGAGUACGUUGCCAUGAAGGUCAUCGUACUUCUCACUUCUGAUGCCAGUGAUCUGAGGGAGCCAGAGAAAGUGAGAGCAUCACAGGAGAAGGCACUGCAAGCUUUACAACAUUACACUCUGGCCCACUACCCGGACAUACCUUCAAAGUUUGGUGAACUGCUGCUGAGAAUACCCGACCUGCAGCGGACCUGUCAGGUCGGCAAAGAGAUGUUGUCGAUGAAGAACAAGGAGGGUGAAGGUCCCAGUUUUGACUUACUCCUCGAACUUCUCAGAGGAGAUCACUGAUAUCCACUGCCUCCAGUGCCUUAACCAGCAGCAGGACCAAUGGACGACUCUGGCCUCUCGGACCAGAUAGUAUUUUUAUUUUGUAUCAAAAAUAUUAUAAAUCUAUGAGAUUCUGUUUUUUAAUAGAAUCCAUCUUUUGUACAUACGUAAGUCAUAAGUUGUAGUGAGGUUUAUGAAACCCGCUUUAGUAUUAUUACGUAAUGUGAGAAUGUACGUUUUUUACAGUUGUUCUUUUGUUACACAAAUUUUUGAAUAGAUUAAAUUUUCAUAUAUUUUAUGUAUAUUAAGACCCGUUGUUGCGGCCGAGGCUUUGUUGUCCUUGAGCUUUCGCCGUGUACGAGUGUGGCCGCUUUCAAAAAGCAGCUUUUUAUACUUUUUAAAUUUUUAGAAAAUAUAAAAUAAUAUAAAUAAAUAUAUCGCUUUAUGAGUGUCCACAGUGACAAUAAACUUGUAUAGUUUUUCUUCA